GCCGCUCGGGCGAAGUCCGACCAUGAGCGGGAGGAGAGCGGCGUUCGCCGCGAUGCCGGGGGAGCUGGUGCUGGAGGAGGCUGCGGGCGUCCGGCAGCGCUGCGGGGAGGGCGGCGGCUCCAUCCCCGGGACACUGCUCUGCACCAACCGCCGCGUCGCCUUCCUGCCCGCCCAGGCACACGGCUCCUGCGCCCUCCUCCACGGCGAGGAUGAUGUGGCGCUGCCCUGCAUCCGCAAGCUGGUGGCAGCCAGCAGCUUCACGAAGCCCAAGGUGCUGACGGCCACCUCCACCCUCAAGUUCAUCCCCGAGGAACUGGCCGUCUUCUGCCGCGAUUUCCGCCUGCUCCGCUUCCAAUUCCACGAGGACGGAUUGGCUCCGCAGGCGUUUCGGGUCGCCAACGCCAUCGCCCGGGCGCGGGAGGCGGCCGCGUGGAUGGUGGACGUCAGUGAGGGCCACCACGGCUGCUCCUGCCCGGUCAGAGCCCCUUUGGAGGAGGAGGAAGAGGAGGAGGAGGAUGAAGACUUGGCCGCCACGCUGCUCUUCGAGAGCUUGCAGGACUGGGAGACGGAGCUGAAGCGCCUGGGCACCGAGGGCUGGAGGGUCAGCGCCGUCAACGAGCGCUUCGAUAUGGCCCCCAGCCUCCCCCGAUACCUGUGGGUGCCCAGCGGGCUCCUGGACCACGACCUCAAGCGAACCUUUGCCCACUUUGAGGAGCGCCGCGUGCCCCGCCUGUGCUGGAUGCACCCGGGCGGCGCAGCCCUGCUGAGAGCCGCCAGCUUCCACCCAGCCUCGGAGCCGGGCAGCGAGGACGUGAGGUGCCUGGAGGCUCUGCUGUUGGGGGGCCGCGGCCCCUGCGUGUUGGCCGACGCCGCCGAGCUGCCCACGCUCGCCGACAUCCAGCUCGCCCACCUCAAGCUGCGGGCGCUCUGCCUGCCCGGCGCGGUGGUGGAGGAGAAGUGGCUCUCGGCUCUAGAGGGGACGCGCUGGCUGGAGCACGUCCGCACCUGCUUGAGGAGAGCUGUAGAGGUGGCAUCGCUGCUGGCCGGGCGACGCUGCUCCGUCCUCCUGCAAGAGCCAUCGGACCGGGACCUGAACUGCCUCUUGGCCUCUGUGGUGCAGCUCCUGGCGGACCCUCGCUCCCGCACGCUGCCCGGCUUCCAGAGCCUGAUCCAGCGGGAAUGGGUGGCAGCCGGACACCCCUUUCCUCGACGCCUCGGGCUGCUGCGCCGCGACACCCCCAGGGAGGAGGCCCCCGUUUUCCUGCUGUUCCUGGACUGCACGUGGCAGCUGCUGCGGCAAUUCCCGGCGGCGUUCGGCUUCACCGAGGCCUAUCUCCUCGCCCUCCACGACAGCAGCUUCGCCCCAUACUUCAGCACCUUCGGCUUCAGCUGCCAACGGCAGCGGCGCAGCGCGCAUCGGCCCCACGGCCAGACCUACACGCCGGUGAGGGUCUGGCGGGACCCCCAGCCCGGUGUGCCGUGGGCGGGCAGCGCUGCCGGGGGGCUGCCCACCGUCUGGGACUGGGGGCUGCGCUACAGCCGCCAGCAGCGAGCGCGGUUCAGGAACCCGGCGAGUGCUGCCGGCACCGUGGGACCCCCCGAUACCGGCACCGUGGGACCCCACAAUACUGGCACCGUGGGACCCCCCAACACCAGCACCGUGGGACCCCCCGACACAAGCACUGUGGGACCCCCCGACAUCAGCACAGUGGGACCCCCCGAUACCGGCAGAGUGGGACCCCCCAACAUCGGCACAGUGGGAACCCCCGACACAAGUACUGUGGGACCCCCCGACAUCGGCACGGUGGGACCCCCCGACAUUGGCACCGUGGGACCCCCCGAUACCGGCACUGUGGGACCCUCCAACACCAGCACCACAGGACCCCCCAACACUGGCAGCGUGGGAUGCACCGGCACCAUGGGACCCCCCAACACUGACACCACGGGACCCCUCAAUACCGGCACCGUGGGACUCCCCAACACCAGCACCAUGCGACCCACUGGCAUCAUGGGACACCCCAGCACCGGCAGCGUGGGAUGUGCCGGCAGCUUGGGACACCCCAACACUGGCAUGCCCCCCGAAGCCUGCCCGGCGCUGGGCACUGGCAAUGUCUUGGUGCUGGCCAAGGGGACGCUGUACCCCCAGCCCUUGCCCUGGAGGAGCAGCCGCCCCGCGCCUCGCCUGGCCCGCUGGCCGCCCUCCCUGGAGAACUUGGGGGGCAGCGUGGGGGGCAGCCGGCCCCCCGUGUCCCCGCCGGAGCUGCUGCUGCCCUGUGCCGCGAGCCCCUCCGUCCGGCUUUGGCGUCGCUGCUACCUGCGAGGGCUGCCUGAGGCCCAGCGCGGACGCUUCUCCCCGUCUCCGGCCGGCCUGGCCGAGGAGCUGAUGUUGCUGCAGGACCGUCUCCGAGCGUGGCGUCCAGCGGGAUCCUGCGCCGAAGCCUCCGGCCGCCCCCUCGCCCCCUCGCGCUGAUCAGGGGCCAUGGGAUCAGCGCUGGAUCCCCAGAGCUGCCCCUGACUCCCACCGGACACGAUGGAUUCUUGGAAUUCCACCUCUGCAGAGGUUUGAGGAGCUGGGGUGGCCCCGUCCGGACAGGGCGAGCAGGAUCCGGCCCCCCUGGUACUGGGGUUCAUCCCGCAGGCGGGAUGGGAACCCUGAGCUUUGCUGGGAUCCUGGACCAUGGCUCCCCCUGGGAUCAGGUCCAUGAGAAGGAUGGGGAUGGUUGGAUCCUGGUUCUUCCAUCCAGACCCACGUGGGCUCGGAUGCGGCUGGGGGUGAGACCGACAUCCUGCUCCCACCCAGCCUGGCAUGAGGGAUCUGCUCCACCGUGGGAUCACAGGGAGCAGGCGGGAUCUCAGGGAGCAGGCGGGAUAUCGGGGAGCAGGUGGGAUCUUGGGGAGCAGGAGGGAUCUUGGGGAGCA